AUGGGGUGGGGCGGGAGAAGACGGCAGCUGGGGCGGUGGCGAGACCUGGAGCGUGGAUCCGUGCCCCUCCUCCCCGGGCCACUGCCUCCUCUUCCUCCUCCUCCGGGUUGGGGACCUGAGGGAGGGAGGGUCUCCAUCUUCUCUCUGGCCCCUGCCCCUCACACAAAAAGCACCCCUUCCUCAGUUCCUUCUUCAGCCCCGGGGCCCCCCUACCCAGCGGUGCAGGCCCCAGGGUCUUCUCAGCCUCGCUCUAGUACCCUCCCCACUCCCGCUACCCCCGCCACGCAGCCCCGGCCUGCAAUGACGCCCAUCUCUGCUCCCCCUUCCUGGGGGUCCCACUCUGCCCCUCCCCCACGUCGAUGCCCCCAGGACCCUCCUGGGCUGCGGAAAGGCCCUCUAAUCCCUGAGCAGGUUUAUGAGCGGCUGGAUGACUGUGACCCUGAGGGGUCCCAAGAUUCAGCCCUCCAUGGGGAGGAACAGCAGCCCCUGCUUCAUGUGCCUGAAGGGCUCCGAGGCUCCUGGCACCACGUCCAGAACCUGGACAGCUUCUUCACCAAGAUCUACAGCUACCACCAGAGGAGUGGCUUUGCCUGUAUCCUGCUGGAGGAUGUCUUCCAGCUGGGACAAUUCAUUUUCAUUGUCACCUUCACAACCUUCCUUCUUCACUGUGUGGAUUACAGCGUUCUCUUUGCCAACCAACCAAAUAACCGAACAAGACCUGGGUCGCUCCACAGCAAAGUGACCUUGUCAGAUGCUAUCCUACCCUCAUCCCAGUGUGCCCAGCAGAUCCGCUCCAGCCCCCUGCUGGUCUUCCUGCUCAUCCUGGCUGCUGCCUUCUGGCUGUUCCAGCUGCUUCGCUCGGUCUGCAAACUCUUCAGCUACUGGGACAUCCAGGUGUUUUACAGGGAGGCCCUGGACAUCCCCCCAGAGGAGCUCAGCUCGGUGCCCUGGGCAGAGGUGCAGUCCCGCCUCCUGGCGCUGCAGAGGAGCGGGGGGCUGUGCGUGCAGCCGAGGCCGCUGACGGAGCUGGACGUCCACCACCGCAUCCUGCGCUACACCAACUACCAGGUGGCGCUGGCCAACAAGGGCCUGCUGCCGGCCCGCUGCGCCGUGCCCUGGGGAGGCAGCGCGGCCUUCCUCAGCCGCGGCCUGGCGCUCAACGUCGAUCUGCUCCUCUUCCGCGGGCCCUUCUCGUUCUUCCGCGGCGGCUGGGAGCUGCCCGACGCCUACAAGCGCAGCGACCGGCGGGCCGCCCUGGCCGCGCGCUGGCGGCGCACGGUGCUGCUGCUGGCGGCCGUCAACCUGGCGCUGAGCCCGCUGGUGCUGGCCUGGCAGCUGCUGCACGCCUUCUACAGCCGCGCGGAGGUGCUGCGGCGCGAGCCCGGCGCGCUGGGGACGCGCCGCUGGUCCCGCCUGGCCCGCCUGCAGCUGCGCCACUUCAACGAGCUGCCGCACGAGCUGCGCGCGCGCCUGGCCCGCGCCUACUGCCCCGCCGCCGCCUUCCUGCGCGCCGCCGCGCCCCCCGCGCCCCUGCUCGCGCUGCUGGCCCGCCAGCUCGUCUUCUUCGCCGGCGCGCUCUUCGCCGCGCUGCUCGUGCUCACCGUCUACGACGAGGACGUGCUCUCCGUGGAGCACGUGCUCACCGCCAUGACCGCGCUCGGGAUUGUGGCCACCGUGGCCAGGUCUUUCAUUCCGGGUGAGCAGGGCCAAGGGCGUCCGCCGCAAAUCCUGCUGCCGGCGGCCUUGGCGCACAUGCACUACCUCCCGGAGGAGACCGGCCCUGCCGGCAGGACCAGCGCUUACCGGCAGAUGGCGCGGCUGUUGCAAUACCGAGCGGUCUCCCUCGCGGAGGAGCUGCUGUCGCCUCUCCUCACCCCACUGUUUCUGCUCUUCUGGUUUCGCCCUCGCGCCUUGGAGAUUAUUGACUUUUUUCGUCACUUCACUGUAGAUGUGGCCGGGGUUGGGGACAUCUGUUCCUUUGCUCUUAUGGAUGUGAAGCGCCAUGGCCACCCUCAGUGGCUCUCGGAGGGAGAGACUGAGGCUUCACUGUCUGAGCGUGCCGAGGACGGGAAGACUGAGCUCUCACUGAUGAGGUUCUCCCUGCUUCAUCCACAAUGGUGCCCCCCAGGCCACAGCUCCAAGUUCCUGGGGCACCUUCGAGGCCGGGUGCAACAAGACGCGGCCGCCUGGGGCGCCAGCUCGGUUCGCAGCACCCCCAGCCCCGGGAUCCUCAGCAACUCUGCCUCCCCUCUGCAGGAGGCCUUCCCAGCCAACCUCUCGAUGCAGCCCCUCGUGCCCCCCCAGGACCUGAGCCCCAUAGUCCCCUGCCCAGCUGCAGCCACGGCCAGCCUCCUGGCCUCCAUUUCCCGAAUGACCCAGGACUCAAGCUGUGUGUCCCCAGGAGGCAUUGGGGGCCAGAAGCUGGCCCAGCUCCCAGAGCUUGCGUCUGCUGAGAUGAGUCUCCACGCCAUUUACCUGCACCAGCUCCAUUGGCGGCAGCAGCAGGAACUGUGGGGCGAGGCUUCACCCUCCUCCCUGUCCAGGCCCUGGUCCAGCCCGCCGCAGACACUCUCACCGGAGGAGGAGAAGCCAUCCUGGUCCAGUGAUGGCUCCAGUCCUGCUUCCAGCCCCAGACAGCAGUGGAGAACCCAGAGGACCCGGAAUCUGUUCCCUGGAGGGUUUCAGGAGCCCACAGACACCCAGAAGGAGCCUGGCCAGGCCACUAGCACUGACUGAGAGGGCUGCUCACGGUUCCCUGGCUUCUUCUCCAGCCACAGGAGAUCGGACGAGGUAGAGUGGAAGGGCACGCCGAGCCCUCUUUAAAGACCCCCAUGGAUGCUUUAGCUGGGCAGAACUUGGGAGUCAAUGACGGACUCGCUCCGGAGAAGAGAGAAACGGUAGGAGAGGAGAUGCCCAAGGCAUCGGGAAACAUGUCUUAGAGACAGUCCUCACAUGGAGGGGCUAAGAGACAACUAUCUGUCCUGGAGUGGUUGCCUGGGAAGAAGUUCCCAAGGGACCUCAAGUUGGAGGGCAGAGCCAAGAUGGAGGCCAAGCUACACAUAAGGGAGCCAUGAGGGACUGGACCCGAAAGGCAGUAGGUUCUUUAGACACAUCUGGACUUUAGGUUCCCGUGGGACUUGUGGAAGGGCAUGGGGACCGUGAGUGGAAAGACUAGAGAGGCCUGAUGUUUUUGGAGUUCACGUUGGUGUGACCUCUGAGGAAGCGGGUCUGGCCCCUCAUCCCGUCUGAAACAAGCAGUAAAGUUUGCUGACGGCUGUGCUGCACAUCUUUGUGACCUUAGUCCUGGAAUCCCCACUCCUGUCAGCUGACGACUGCACCUGCUUCUCAGUCCAGAUCAGGGGAGCAACACAGAAGAACUGCCCGUGAUUGGCUGGAAACCACCACUGUUCUCCAGGACUCCCUGUCAAAGAAUUACCACCUCCACACUGCACAAGUUCAAAGACAAAGCUUGUCAUUCAUUCUGUAACUGUAAUUGACAGCGCUGGGUUAGGCAUCUUAGUAGCUCUCAUAACUUCUGAUCUGGUCUCUUAUGGUGAAUCU